AUGUGCACCUCCACGAAACGAUCCGACGGCGAGCCAGACGUCAACACAUCGCCACCCAACUCCGGUGCAACAGCGCGCGACUCGGAAGGAGCCGCCCAGGAGUGGCCAGCCGCCGCGGCGGACAAUGCUCGUCGCCUACGCGUCUCGAGCAAUGCGCAAGCCACCGCACUCCAGACAAGUGCAAACACAGACCCAUCGGGGCUCUGGGGCCCUCUGGCAGCCCGCUCGCUCUACUUUUUCCACGACCAGCGCCGGGCGUGGCUGCGUCUGGACCAGGCAUCCGGCCAGUGGCUUGGGUGGGCGGCCGACGGCGCAUCGGCGGCUGGGCUCUCCGGCGGCGCCGCCGCAUGGUCGCCGUGGGGUGCGGUGGUGCGCCAGGAGGGAGGGCCGCACACCGCACGCUGGUUCGUCGGCGCCAAGACCAACGCCGCCUUCAACGAGUGCGACGAGCCCGUGCUAGCCGGCGGCGGUGCCGAGACAGCGUUCCUCUGCGAGCCCGUCUCAGGACCGGCGAGGAGGCUGUCGCGGCGGGAGCUGCUGUUGCGAUCGACGCUUGCGGCGCGCGCGCUGCGCGAUGCGCUUGGCACCACACCCUCGCCGCGCAUCGCCGUCCACCUCCCCAACGGCGAAGAGGCUGUCGUCUGGAUCCAGGCAGCCAAGCGGAUCGGCGUGCCCUUCGUCGCGGUCGCGGCGGGCACCUCCGCCAUGACCCUCAGCUCGAGGCUGGAGGACGUGGGGGCGGCCCUCCUCAUCACGAGCAGCGGCCUCGCAGCCGCCUCGCGCGAGGCAGCCGCCGCGACGCCUCGGCCGCCCAGGGCCCUCCUCGCCGGCCCGGCGAGCGGCGACGAGGACUGGUCAGACCGCGAGCUCGUCUCUCUGCUCUGGCGGGUCGAGCCGCCGGUGCCCGUCGAGGCGUCGCACCCGCUCUUCAUCCUGUACACGAGCGGGUCGACGGGCAAGCCGAAGGGGAUCGUCCACUCACACGCCGGCUUCCAGCUCGGACUGGCCGCCCCAGCGGCCUCCCCUCCGGUAGCCGGCUUCGCCACGGCGAGCGAGAGCCCCGACGCCGCCGCCUCCACGGCCGCGGCCGCCAGAGCGGCGCCGCCCUCCACGGGCGACGUGCUGCUCGUGAUUGCCACCCCCGGCUGGAUCACGGGCCAGGCGUACAUGAUCUCCGCCGCUCUGCUCAGCCGCACACCCUCAGUCCUUCUGGACGGCUCGCCCGUCUCUCCGCCCGACCGCUUCGCCGCCGUCAUCGCUCGGCACCGCGUGAGCGUGCUCAAGGCCGGCUCCACUUUCCUCCGGAUGAUCAUGACCAACCCCGAAGCCGAGGCCAUGCUCGCGCGCCACGACUUGAGCAGCCUGCGCCUCGGGACGUUCUGCGCCGAGCCGGUCAACUCGGUGGUGCACGACUUUGCGAUGCGCCACCUCACUCCAAACUACAUCAACUCCUACUGGGCGACCGAGCACGGCGGCAUCGUCUGGAGCCGAUGCCACGGCAACGACGACCAGCCGCUUCAGCCAGACGCGCGCAGCUGGCCCCUGCCUUGGAUCGACGCCGCCGUGCUCGUCGCGGACGGCGAGGGCUGGCGCGAGGCCGCCGCGGGCGAGAAGGGAGAGGUGGUCAUCCGGCGGCCGUACCCUUACAUGGCGCUCACGGUCAGGAGACCUAGAUGCGACAGAGCACACGAGGGAAUGCGGCGGGCGAACGGUGUGGCCGAGCCUUGA